CAUGCACGCUUACGUCAUUUCCGGGAUUGGUGCGCCUGUAGCUGACGAGUGUUUGAGAGGAAGUUGUAUGCGCUAUUCGUCUAGUAGGAUAUUUGAAGUAACUAUCAUGUCCUAUUCAAGCACCGCAUCAGGAAAAUCUACGAUGAAUAAAUCCAGACAAAGCAGAUCCAGUGGGGGGCAAUGCCUAAAAGACAUCCGGAUUAAUGAAGAAGUUAAAAUUGCUGUCAAUAUGUCUUUGGAAAGAUUCCGAUACAGUGAGCAAAAAGAAAUGGAAUUUCCUUCCUCCCUGACAAGCACUGAACGAGCCUUUAUUCAUCGCUUGGCCCAGUCCUUAGGGUUCAUUUCAAAAAGUCGAGGAAAAGGGUCAAACAGAUUUCUUACAAUUAGAAAAAAGGAUGGUUCUGAGUCGGCACAGUCCAUAAUGACCUUCAAUUUGAUGCCUAACGCCAAGCUCGUAGUGCGCAGCCUCCUGCAGAGAUUUCCUGUUACUAGCAAAGAGCGCGUAGACCUGCUGCCGCGUACUGAGCGAGGCGUAUCCAUGGCCAUGGAUGUUGACAGCAGCCGGGAUAAGAACAGGACAAGCGGUCGGCUGAAUAACGGGAUACCGCAGGUUCCCCAGCCCCGGGGCCAAUCUGAACUGGAGUUUUUCCGUCGCUCUCUCCCUGUCUAUGAACGGCAAGAUGAGAUCAUCAAGGCUAUCAAAGAUAAAAAGGUGGUCCUGAUUGUAGGUGAAACAGGAUCUGGAAAAACAACACAGAUCCCGCAGUUCAUUCUGGAUGACUGCUGUGAGCAGGGCAGUCCCUGCCGCAUUAUCUGCACACAGCCCCGGAGGCUGGCAGCUAUCGCCAUGGCGGAGCGCGUUGCCACCGAGCGCGGAGAGACCAUCGGCCAGACCGUGGGCUACCAGAUCCGCCUGGAGAGCAGGGUUUCCCCCAAAACACUCCUCACCUUUUGCACGAGUGGGGUACUGCUUCGUACCCUCAUGGCAGGAGAUACCACCCUGUCAAGCAUCACUCACAUCAUUGUGGAUGAAGUCCAUGAGAGGGACGGCCUGACUGACUUCCUGCUUACAAAGAUGAAAGACAUGGUGCAAAAAUUACCUACACUGAAGCUGAUCUUAUCCAGUGCGGCCCUUGAUGUUGACCUCUUUGUCAGAUACUUUGGAUCCUGUCCUGUAAUAUAUAUUGAAGGAAGAUGCUUUGAAGUAAAAGAACUUUUUCUGGAAGAUAUCUUACGGACAACUGGAUAUGCCAACAAAGAAAUGAUUAAAUACAGAAAGGAGAUGCAAAAAGAGGAAAUGCAGCAGAACUCACUGACAGAGUGGUGCAAGGCUCAAGAUGGGCGCUCGAGGCCAGAACAACAGAGGGCAAAGGCGGCAGCAUGUGUCCUACAGGAGAGUGCCCUGCUGGAAGGAGGGGACAGCAUCUUCUGCCAGCUGAAUGAAAAAGAUGCUGCAUCCUUAGAGCCUUGGCUAGUGAAAGAGAUGGAUGCAUGUAUUGCUGAUAUUUUUCUCAAUCAAGAUGCUGAUUCUUUUGUGCAGCUGUUCAACCUCAUCAUAAGUGAGAAUGUUAGCGUUGACUACAGACACAGUGACACCAGUGUGACCCCUCUGAUGACAGCAGCUGGAAGAGGGUUUCUCAGUCAGACUGAGCAGCUGUUAAGUAUGGGAGCCGAUGUGAACAUGAAGGCCUCAAAUGGCUGGACAGCAUUGGACUGGGCUAGACAUUUCAACCAGGCUGAAGUGGUGGAUCUUCUGGAAUCAUACCACUCUUCUCAGGAGGUGAGAAGACUGGAUGAAUCCUCCCUAGUCCAUGCUGCCAACACAGAGCUAAGUACUGAAGACCAAGAGCUCCUCAAGGUUUAUCACCACAGCUUUGAUGAUGAGAAGGUAGACCUGGAUCUCAUCAUGCACCUGCUUCAUAAUAUCUUCCAGAACUCUGAGGAGGGUGCAAUUUUGAUCUUCCUACCUGGGUAUGAUGAAAUUGUAUCGCUUCGAGAUCGUAUUUUGUACGAUGAUAAACGAUUUGCAGAUAAUUCACAAAGGUUCCAGGUUUUUACUCUACAUUCAAACAUGCAAACCUCUGACCAGAAGAAAGUUCUGAAAAGCAUGCCUCCGGGUGUUCGCAAAAUAAUUCUGUCAACCAACAUUGCUGAGACGAGCAUUACUGUCAGUGAUGUUGUCUUUGUGAUUAAUUCUGGCAAAGUUAAAGAGAAAUCGUUUGACGCUCUGAACCAGGUGACCAUGCUAAGGAUGGUGUGGACAUCAAAGGCCAGCACCCUUCAGAGGAAGGGAAGAGCUGGACGCUGCAGACUAGGAUUUUGUUUCCAUCUCUUCAGCCGACUGAGGUUCAACAACAUGUUGGAAUACCAAGUGCCUCAGCUUCUGCGUAUGCCUCUGCAGGAGUUGUGUUUGCACACCAAGCUUCUGGCCCCCAUAUCCUGCUCCAUUGCUGAGUUUCUCUCCAAAGCCCCAGAACCUCCACCUGUUAUUAUGGUUAGAAAUGCUGUGCAGAUGCUGAAGACAAUCGACGCUAUGGAUCCUUGGGAAGACCUGACGGAACUUGGCUACCAUUUGGCUGAUCUGCCGGUGGAGCCCCACCUGGGGAAGAUGGUUCUAUGUGCUGUGGUGCUCAAGUGCCUGGACCCUAUUCUGACCAUUGCCUGCACACUGGCACACAGGGAGCCCUUUAUCCUGCCCGCUCUGGCAUCUCAAAAGAGGGCGGCCAUGUUGUCCCAGAAGCGCUUCGCUUCGGGCAGCUUCAGCGACCACAUGGCCCUUCUCAGGGCAUUCCAGGCAUGGCAAAAAGCACGAAGUGAUGGCUGGGAAAGGGUCUUCUGUGAGAAGAAUUUCCUGUCACAGGCAACGAUGGAGAUGAUCAUAGGCAUGAGGACACAGCUGCUGGGUCAGCUCCGAGCCAUAGGUUUUGUGCGGGCAAGGGGCGGAGGUGACAUCCGUGACGUGAACCUGAAUUCUGAGAACUGGGCGGUGGUGAAGGCGGCGCUGGUGACAGGCAUGUACCCCAAAAUCAUACAUAUGCACCGCGAGAACAUCUGCCUGAUGGGCUCCAAAGAGAAGAAGGUGCGACUGCACCCCGCAUCUGUGCUGAGCCAGCCUCCGUGUCAGAAGCUUCCUCCUGCUAGCGGUCAGACUGCGGCGCUGCAAGCGCUGCCCACAGACUGGCUCAUCUAUGACGAGAUGACCAGAGCCCAUCGGAUUGCCAGCAUACGGUGCUGCUCUGUGGUCACACCUGUUACAGUCACGAUUUUCGGAGGGUGUGCCAAGCUACCCAGCACCGCUCUACAGGAACCCACUGCGAAAAGCGACGGAGUCGGGGAUAGCAGUGACAGUGAGGUGGAGGAUCGGUCCACUAACCACCUGGUCCACAUGAAGAUUGAUGAGUGGUUGAAUUUCAAGCUAGAGCGUGAAACUGCUAGCCUGCUGUUCCAAUUCAGGCAGAAAUGGCAGUGUCUGUUCCUGCGGCGGAUCCGUUCCCCCUCCAAGCCCUGGUCCCAGGCGGAUGAGGCCGCUCUCAGGGCACUGGUGUCAGUCCUGAGUAUGGAGGAGCAGGCAGCUGGUCUGCUGCAGCCGGCUGGCAUUGGCCAAAGACCCCGGCCCAUAUGCCCAGAGGAAUCACCCCAAUCACCCUCCUGGAGGUGCAGCAGCCAUAUGGGCCCAGCUGAGGCUGAGCUGACGGACGUCUCAUCUGUGUCAGAAAGUGUCUCUAAGACACCCCCACCCCCUGCAGGCUCGAUGGCUAAAGCACACAGGGAGAAGGGGGCUUCACAGCCCAAGCGACUUGGUGAUGACCGUCUGCUUCAGUCUGCUGGCAGGUCUGCGGGCAGGAAUCUCAGCUGCUCCAGUCAGUCUGUGAGCCCAUCAUCCCACCAUCUGUCAGUGAAGUCACCUUCCUCUAGGCUCAGCACCCUUGUGCGCUACUUCAUCAUGAAAAGUAGUAACCUGCGCAACAUCGAUCUUUCCCAGCAAAGAGGCAUCUGGUCCACCACACCAAGUAAUGAACUCAAACUCAACCGUGCCUUUGUGGACAGCAGCGUUGUCUUCCUCAUCUUCUCUGUGCAGGGCUCGGGUCAAUUUCAGGGGUAUGCCCGCAUGUCCUCGGCUAUAGGGUUGGAGCGGUGCCAGGACUGGGGCUCAGCUGGACUUGGGGGGGUUUUCAGAGUGGAGUGGGUCCGUAAGGACAGCCUUCCCUUCCAGCUGGCCCAACAGCUGGUCAACCCCUGGAAUGACAACAAGAAGGUACAGAUCAGCCGAGAUGGACAGGAAUUGGAGCCACAAGUUGGAGAUCAGCUGCUGCAACUAUGGGAGAAAAUCUAAGCCAAGCAACAAUGGCUAGAUGUACAGCAUCUGAGUGUGGAAACACUUACACAUCUAGCUAAAGUUAGGGCCACUUGGAUACCCACUGUGGACUUGGCAGGCAUGAAGACGUUUAUAGGAAGGAGAGAGAGAGACAUUUGUAACUGAAUUGUUUUCUAACAUUCUGCUAAUUAAAAUGUAUUCUAUAAAAUCUAAGCUGUACAAGAAAUUUAAUGCAUCUUUUUGUCCCUUAACACACUGUCUCAUCAGAUGAAAGUCAUGAAAAUUUAUAGAACCUCUAUCGAAGAUGUAGCAUUUUCUUCUAUAAAUUUGACUGGAAAGGUUGUAAUUACACUCAAGGAAAUGCUGAAAAUGUACUCUGCACUAUGAAGUUUUCUUCUUGUGUCAACUUUAUAAAAGUUACAUGUUUACACUUUGAUCAUCUUUAAAACCUGAUUCCUGAGUUUCAUGUGAAAUUUGUUUUUCGUUCUCACUUGAAACUUUCGAAGUGAACAGUUGUGAGUUUGUAUUCUUUUACUCUGUAUAGGACAAUUGGAAGUAGAUGAUUACAGAAUUGUAGUGUGUUUUUGCAGAAUUUGCGUGCAAGUUGGGCUAUGUUUAUGCCCAGUGAAAGCACGUCUCAUUUGUUAGAAACUGGAAGUGUGUGUUGAUUCUACGUUUGUUCUCUUUCAGCUCUGAUUAAGCAUAAUAGGUUAUUUAUGAUAAUAUUGAAAAUAAAUCCCCUGUCAGUUUGUUUUAUUCUAGUUUUCGUUCACACUAAGCUGAAGUCUAAGCCUGUGUUAAGUACAGUGUACUGCAAUGGCUGAGAAAAUAUAAAGCAACAGAUUUUUUUAAAAAUAUACCAUUGAAUGUUUUACAUUUUACCAAAAUUUGUUAAUGUCAGCUAAUUUAACUUUCUUUUGGUAAAAUUGUUGCUGUAUUUUGAAAAUUUCAUUUUUAGUUCAUGAAAAUGUCUAAACAUUUUAACAUUGGCUUCCUUUGAUUUUGUGUAAAUACGUGUUAAUUUUUUUUUAUGUUUUGAUUUAAUGACUGACAGCUGCCCUUUUAUCGUUGAAUUGUAUUAGUACAUUACCUUGUAUCUAUGAAUUAAAGAAUAUGAAUCACAAAA